AUUUUACAUCGCGUUAUACCAAUGUUGACGGAAAUGAGGUCGGAAUUUUAGUUAUAUCGGGAACUAGCUAUAUUUGAGAUAGUUUCGCGACGUUAAAUAUGCUUGUGUAUUUAUAAGCCCUUUAUUGGCGUUGUUUCUCACGAACUGGCACACAAUGUAGCCGCGUGAUGAGAAAAGUCAGCUCUCACAUUAGAAGCAAGUAGCUUUUAUUAUAGCUUGCUUGCUAACCUAUUGGCUAGCUAACCUAAUGUACUCAGCUAUCCACUACAAUGCAGCUCAGUGAUAACCUUAAGAAACCGGCUCUUGACUUGAGUUGUAGUGGUUCAAAAUACCGUAUUCUUGUGGGUGUAACAGGUAGUGUCGCAGCACUUAAAUUGCCGUUGUUAGUGUCAAAACUUCUUGAAAUCCAAGGGGUUGAUGUACGUGUAAUCACCACCAACAGUGCCACCCAUUUCUACAACAUUGCUGAGAUUCCCGUCCGUGUUUAUACCGACAAGGAUGAGUGGGAGAUGUGGACAACACGCUCAGACCCAGUGCUGCACAUUGAAUUAAGACGAUGGGCCAAUCUUCUAGUCAUCGCUCCACUGGACGCUAACACACUUGGCAAGAUAGCCAGCGGUAUCUGUGAUAACCUUCUGACCUGCGUGGUAAGAGCGUGGGACAUGAGCUGUCCUCUGCUCUUCUGUCCUGCCAUGAACACGUCCAUGUGGCAGCACCCAAUUACUGCCCAGCAAGUGGCCACCCUGCAACACUUUGGCUAUGUGGAGAUACCUUGCAUUGCUAAGAAACUGGUCUGUGGAGAUGAAGGUAAAGGUGCAAUGGCAGAGGUGUCAACUAUUGUAGACAUGGUCCAGCAGUACCUUCCCAAACCAAAUGUAUCAUCACACAAGUGAAAGCAUGAAUGAAACCUUUGCCUUCACACUACCAAAUUACAUUAUAUUCAUUUUAAUUAUUUGUUUUGGUUUUUUUUAAUAAAAAAUGUAAAUAUUUUUAAAAAAAAAUAAUUAUGUGGUGUCUUUUAUAGAUGUAUGCUUUAUAAACUUCUGUGUUGACACAUUUUGUCAGUUAAAUAAGACUGACCAAAUAAAUGUGACUUGGAAAUGUUUCAAUAUUUGGAUUCAAUAGCCCUCAGCUGCACAUGAGCAUGCGCUUUGAUCCAGACAAGACUAUUUCUGACCUUUUUUUUGUUGUUUUGGAAUUUGAGGUAAUCUCUCCCUCACAUACUUAUUUUUUCAGUAGUCUCACCUCCUAACAGGACUUUUAUUGUAUAAAGCAAUGCUUUCUUAUUGUAUGACUUAUUGUAUAAGUUUUUACUCUCUUUAUCAUUAUAAAACCAUCACUUCUGUA